UGAGAGCUUCUCUCUUCACUUUCACAUAAAGAAACACUGACUGGCCACUGCUGCCAACACACACAUAUACACAGAGGCAGGCACGGUCGGAGGUCACUGUCACAUGACAUAGGCUUGGAGACAGCUUCAUUUUCCUCUGCCUGUAAUUUCCAUUUGCCUUCCUGGGGUAGUGAACUAUAAUGUUUGGAAGAAGGAGACUGAAGGUGAGAGGAUGCUACAGUAGAAGAGAGGAUAAUGAUUGUGACCCCAAAUCCAUAUACCUGUCACAGUAAUGAAAGGCAGCAAUAGGAAUAAAGAUCAUUCAACAGACGGAGAGGGGACUGGGAAACGACCAAAGAGAAAGUGUCUUCAGUGGCAUCCACUACUUGCAAAGAAAAUACUUGACUUUUCUGAAGAGGAGGAGGAGGAAGAGGACGAAGAAGAUAUUGAUAAGGUCCAUCUUCUCAGUGCUGAUGGUCUUGAGCACGAUGCUGACGAAACAGAAGAUGAAGAGUCUUCAGAGCAGCGAGCUCGCAGGCCGAUGAAUGCAUUCCUUCUGUUCUGCAAACGUCAUCGCUCCCUAGUGCGGCAAGAACACCCUCGUCUGGACAAUCGCGGUGCUACAAAGAUACUGGCGGAUUGGUGGUCUGUUCUAGACCCUAAAGAAAAGCAGAAAUACACCGACAUGGCCAAGGAGUACAAGGAUGCAUUUAUGAAAGCAAACCCUGGCUACAAGUGGUGUCCGCCUACAAACAAACCUGUGAAAACCCAGUCCUCCGCAGUUACUAACCGGAAAAAGCUGUGGGCUUUCCCGUCAGGACCCGCUAAAGAUUUGCCAAGUCCAAAAAAGUUGGUGAAGACCGAAGAAAUGCCUCAGCUGAACUUUGCAAUGGCAGAUCCUACGCAAAUGGGAGGCCUCAGUAUGCUACUGUUAGCAGGAGAACAUGCCUUGACUGCACAAGAAGUUUCUUCAAGUACAUGCCAUUCUGAUGCAUCUAACUCUACAGAAGGAUGUCUAAAAUCACCAUUGUUUCAGUUUGCUGAGAUUUCCUCAAGCCCAUUACAACCAGAUGCCCCUGCAAAUUCAAAAGAAAGUGAUGAAUCAGCGCUAUUUCAGUUUUCAGAGUUGGGGAGUCCUGAACCUGUGAAGCAUUGUAGGAAGUCAGCACUCUUCCAGUUGGCUGAGAUUUCAUCAAGUACAUCCCAUUCAGGUCCUUCUGAAUUAACAAAGCAGUGUGGGACAUCGGCAUUGUUUCAGUUGGCAGAGAUGUGCCUUGCAUCAGAGGAGGUAAAAGGGAUGGAACAUGGGAAAGCAAAACUAGAAGCAUCCAGGAUUAUCAAAGCCUUGGAAGCACCAGAGCAGAUAAAAGUGGAAGAAACAGAGAAUGUGAAAGUAAAAACUGAAAAAUCUCAGAAGGUGAGGGCCCAGGAACACGAAAAGACAAAGGCUGGCAAGUUGGAGAUGACAAGAUGCAGCCACAUUGCAGAUUCUGCAUUGGACAGCACAACAUUAGUUGGAUCUGACAGCACAACUGCAAAGGAUCUUGCAUGUCAUUCCCAAGAGCUGACGAUGUCUGACAUCAGCACCUUAGGAUUAAGCAAGCCAGAAAAGCUAAAGAAGAAGAAGAAGAAAAGCAAACUGGACCGGCAAGCACUUGAGAAAUGUUCUCCUAAGAAGGCUUGCAAAAAGAGGCAGUCUUCUGAGUCGGACAUUGAGAGUGUCAUUUACACUAUUGAAGCUGUGGCAAAAGGGGACUGGGGGGCAGAGAGACUCAUAGAAGUGCCCCGUAAGAAAGUCCGCCCUUCCUCAGUGGUGAAGGGGAACAUCGUGGACGCAAAGUCACCAAAGAAAAAAGUGAAGUCAAAAGAGAAAAGAGCACUGAAGGAAAAAUGUGUAGAGACCACCAAAGAAUCAAAGCCUCCCGAUUUUUUUAACGUCACAGACAACAAGGAGCUACCAUGUGAGGUACCAGAAAAUAUCAAAUCGGAACCGCUAACCCCAGUGGAGGAUGUGAUACCGCAAAGUUUGCCAGAGCAAGUCAAAAUCGAGGACAGUGACUGCAUCAAAAAGGCAGAGACUUGCGGCUCAAGAAAAUCUGAGAGAGCUUGCAAGGGUGCUCUGUACAAAACUCUGGUGUCAGAGGGCAUGCUUACAUCCCUGCGUGCCAAUGUUGACCGAGGGAAACGAAGCUCAGGAAAAGGUGGCAACUCUGAUCAUGAAGGCUGCUGGAAUGAAGAAAAUUGGUCAUUUUCCCCAGGUGGGACAAGUGGGAACAAAAAGGUUAAAAAACCUAAGCCAAAGGAAGAAAUAGUUUUGGGCUUAGCAAAGCUGGAAGAAGAAUUUGAGAAAAAAUUCAACAGCCUCCCUCAAUACAGUCCUGUCACGUUUGACCGGAAAAGCGUGUCUGUACCAAGAAAAAAGAAGAAGGUUGGUAGCUCAGCAGAUCAGCCAAAAUCUAACAAAGAGUCUGCAACAAUGCAAGAACCUUUGGUUGGCAGCCAGAAGAGAAAAGCGAGGAAAACCAAGAUCACACACCUGGUCCGGACUGCAGAUGGCAGAGUCUCACCAGCAGGAGGGGUUUUGGAAGAGAAACCAAAGGAGCAACUGCAGAGUACUCUUGAGAAAGCAUCAAGUACAGAGAUGGACUGCAGCGAGGAAUCCUUGCAAACCACGGAAUCAGAGGAAAGUCAUAGUAUUACACCUGGCAUGCCAUCUGUAUCUGCAUUCUUUAGCCUAGCUGCUCUGGCAGAGGUAGCAGCAAUGGAAAAUGUGCACAGGAAUCAGAGGACAGCGCCUCUCCCAUGUGAUGGACAGCCAAAAGAAAUGUCUCAGGCUCCAGUGCUUAUUUCCUGCGCUGACCAGUGAAGCUCUACCCUAUUGUAAAACGUUGUGCUUUACCUAAUAUCCUAGCCUUGUCUUUACCAAUGGAUGCUAGUCAAUCCAUGUGAUGGAGGAACCCAUAGACUGAAAAUGAGUGGUUCGUGUUCAGUGUGGCACAGAUUUCACUUAUAGCUUGGGUCAGGUCCCCUCCGGUUUGGGGCCCAGAAUCUACUAUAAGGGUGAUGUUAUUUCUCUGUUAGGGAACAGAAAUGAAAGGAUCCUGGAGCUUUGCUUUCUAUUGAAGGUUUUUAAAGUGGUAAAUGCAUAGUUACAUGGAGGAGGCAGACUUUACUGUAGCUCACACAGCAUCUGCUCUAUCAACCAGAGUAUGGAAAAUAGUUUCAUAUAAUAACUAGCUACUCUAAACAAAAAUACAGGUGAGGAGGUGGGGGGAAAGAAACUGACGCACUGCACUAGUUACUAGAUAUUCUUAGUCCUUUUUGUACAUGAAGAUUUUAAGUUCUGAGAUGGUUUAUAUAAUAGGUUAUGCCUACAUUUAUAUUUUAGAGUGAAUUUAAGGACGUGUUUGGAGAAUCCAAGAAAGCAUGGGCAGGUGUACCAUUGUUAGCGGUGUAUGUGUGGCCUUUUGGCCCAGACGUUCUGCACUUUUUUUGUAUUUGCCACCAGGGUGGUAGAGUUUAUUAGCAAAAAAAAUGUUGACAGGCUUUAUUUUGCUUGGAUUGUUCUUUUUUUGUUCUUUUUUUAAUUAAGCGUAGAAUAAUGAGGAUGAUUUGCAUUUGAAGCAAAGGUCUGGCAUAUUGAUAAGAACAAUACUGCAGAUGACUGAUUUGUCUUUCAAGCCUUGGAAGGUUCGUUUAUUUUUGGAUAGAGGUCUAAAAUGACUAUGUGGAAACUAAAGCAGUGAAACAGGGGGAAAAUACUAUUAAUAUGUUGUUCAGAAGUGACCUUAGUAUUACUUCACUCUUUCACAAAAGAAAAAAAAACUUCAAAUGACAUGCACACUGAUGUACAUAUUUUACAUUUUACAGACACUGGAAUUGUCAUAAAUACUAUGCACAGUCUACAUUGGCUUCAUCGGUUGCAUGAAGCGCCAGUGCUAGGUUGGGAUGGAAAUGUGCUGAGUGUUGCAUAAGUAAGUGAUGGCUGAGAAAUAAUGUUACAGAAUUUAGGCUGUCAAACGGGCCAUUUUCCAGUUCAUGUUCUUUGUCUUUAUGUUGUAUCUUACUCCCAUGCACACAUCUCAUGCCAGGGCAGAGUCCAGCUUUUAAACUUUUUCUUUCUAUUUCUUAACCUCUUCACUUAUGCCAAUUGCCUAUCAUCCAACACAGCACAUGUGGAGCAAUCAAGGGUGGCAUAUGCACGGGGACCUUUCCAAAAAGUUACGGUCCCACUGAUCAGCUGUUUAACCUUAAGCAGCUGAUUGGCAGGAUUUUAGCUUUGGAGAAAUGCUCCAGGCACAGCACAGCCCCAGCUGCUGGAUCAGGGAGGGGAACUAUGCACACAGCACCUGUUUGUACGCACAGUUCCCCCUCCAGCUAGGGAUACACAACCAUAAGCCUGCUUCCACACCCAUGUAGCCCCUGGCUGGAUCGGGGCAAUGUUGUUCCUAGUAGCAAAAGAUUCAUCCUUACUAGAAUUUGACAUGAAGCUACACAUUCAGCACAGGGUACUUCUUCCACAGCACAAGAUGUUUCCCUACAUAUUUUGCAUCAUAGCACAAAGACUUAACCAAAUGCUAUUGACCAGACCCCAGCAAUAAUUUUCUAUGAGUCGUCUUGUCUCUGGUGGAAUUUUGUGAUAGUGUUCAGUUCAGUGAGACCCCUUUUUUAUUGACUCGGUCUCUAUAUAUGAUGAGAGUUUACACAAUUUUAUCAGGCAUUCUUAAUUUAUACUUGACAGAAUUGAUAAAAGGAUGUGUGUUGGGGGGGGGGCUUUUUUGUAAUUGGAUUUAAUAGCCAUAUGAAAAGUGACUCUUAAAACUUGCUUGGCUUAGCCUUUAAUUGUAUUCAAAGCAUGUCUUUCAGUGUCUAUGUCAGAAACAACCUCAGCCACAUCACUCACAUUGUAAUAAUGGAUAAUAAAUAAAAGGAAAGUCACUUCAUCCCAUGUAAAAAUCAGAGACUCCCUCAGAUACAAAUGUUCAAGAAGUGGAAGGAGAAACACAACUUCAAAAAGAAUUAGAAAGUUAAAAUGCUUUUUAGAAUAUUCAGGUAGAAGAAUUUGCCCCAUGUCAAUGUAACAUGUGGUGCUAUUGUAAUAGUUCAAUUUUGUUAACAUUUUCUAAAUUAUUUUAACAAAACAAAAUGCUGCCAACAUGCCAUACUGUUAGGCAUCUAUUGUGGUGGCUUUGGGAGUGUAACGCUCUGUAGAAGCUCUGGUUCAAACAUUGUUAGUAGCUGAAAUCCAAAUAUCUUAUGGUGCAGCCUCUUCAUCUUGACAGUGGUACUAACAUACAAACUCCAUUGGACCCAUUAGAAUAGGUGCAAUUUUUAUUUUUUAUUUUUUUGCUGGAGUACCACCAUCCUUCUGCCAUUUUAAAUUUCAAUAUUGUUCCUAAAAUAUUCCUUUAUAUGAAUGGUACCUUUAUAAAAGAUGCAGAAAAUUAGCUUUUUUUCUAUGUGAAUUAAUACCUUGUUAACUUUCUUUCCUAAACCUCAUUGACUAUCCCUUAGACAAGGGAAUGGAUUUGGGUCAAUUUACUGAAUAUGAGUGUUUUCUGAUGCUUAUAAACCUUUCUGUAGAUAUGCUUAAUUUUUAAGCGAUUAGGCACUGAGAGUAGCAGAAAUCCUGCAAAGCUUUAUAGUUCAUUAAGAGCAUUAGUCCAUUUUGAAGUUCUCCUGGAAAGCCUCAUUGGAAUGUGCAGUACUGUGGCUUUUGCACCCUCAUUUCAGUGGGGUUUCUGCAGGAGAACCUCCAGAUGAAUUGUGCUUCAUGAUUAGGUUUGGUUUUUCCCCUUUUCCUUGGUUCUCUGAAUGACGUCUUGAUUUCCGUAGAGACAUUUGCUGAAUUUGUUAGAAUGGGUAUCCUUAAUUUCAGGUAGAAAGAAAAUUUGUUAGCACAAAAACUCAUCAAACCAACAAUGUACUGUUUAAUUGUUUAUUUGUUUUUAAUUUGCAUUAUUUUGUGUUUUUAAAAAAUGAAUUUCUGUGGUAUGUAUUUUUGUAUACCAGCGAUGUCACCCAUCAACUUAUGUCCGUGAAUUCAUUUAGAGACAGAAAUGUUGCACCUUAAUUAUUUCAAGCAAACCAAAAUAUUAUGUUCUCUGCUUUGGUGUUUAUUCGAAUACUGUUGUAUUAUAGUUUACCAAACCCAUUCUAACUUAGCAAAAGCUAUCAGUAUUUAUGCAUUUAACAAUAUUCUCUAGAUUUGAACCUGUGUAUCUCUUUCUCUCUCUUUACAAAAAUUUAAAUAAGAUAAACAAAUUAUUCUUAUCUUCCUCUAUGGUUUCUUAAUGAAAGUGAGGAUAUAUUUCUCAAGUGUAAAAUCUAGCACUGUCCCAUUUUCUUUUUGUUUAUUUAUUUAGUGAUCUUUGAUAUUUCAUAUAGUUUUGAGGUAUACGCAUAUUAGCUGAUACUGCAAGCAUAGAAUCAGCUGGGAGAAGGAUACUGUAAUGUCAUUUUCCUGUAAUUGUGUUAGUACUGUA